AUGUACUCCGACGAAGUAUCAUUGUCAAGCGAGAAUGUGAUGCGGGUUUUGUAUUUGGCCAGGAAAUACAUGGUGCCUUCGUUCGAGGAGAGGUGUAACACAUAUUUGCGAGAAGAAUUGAACGCUAAUACUGUACUGGACAUUUUGCAGGAUGCUCAAAAGUUUGGUGAUGAAGAUGUGGAAGAAAUAUGCUUGAAGGCGUUGAAAGCUCAAACGAAGGAAGCUCUGUCGUCAUACACUUUAGAAAAACUUGACAGUUCUCUCUUAGAGUCGAUUGUGAAAAUGGAUGGUCUAAAUGUGAGAGAAGUGGAAUUGUUCAAAGCAGUUGAUCGAUGGGCAGCAAGACAGGGCCGAAUUAAACGUAUUGCACGUAAAAAACCGCCAGAUGGAGGGGAAAAGAGAGAAAUAAUUGGAGAGACAAUUCUAAAGGCGAUUCGUUUUCCCUUGAUGUCUUUGAAAGAAUUUGCUUCAACUGUAAUUGACAGCAACAUUCUUACAAUGAAAGAGAUUUCUGAAAUGGUAAAGUACUACGCUGACGUCUCCAUUUCGCCUUUAUCCUUUGAACAAGCUCCAAGGAUAGGACCUUUCAAGCGAUGCUGUAGAUUUGGUAGGUUGGUGUCAGGGGAGGAAGGACGAGGAUGGUACUAUCGUGGCUCCAGCAACGAAAUUCGUUUUAGUGUUACCAAAGAUGUUAUCUUACACGGAGUUCAGCACUUUGGAAGUGAAGAUGGCAAGUACGAAGUGUCCAUCAAAAUUAAAGAUCUUCGUAAAAAUGAUUCCUUCCUGUCACAGUCUUACCUUACUGAGCAGUCUGGGUCAUAUUUGUCAUCUAAAGAAAACAACGAAACUUUCCAUGGCUUUGAUGUCUUGUUUGACAAAGCAGUUGCCUUGGAAAGCGGUACAACAUACGAGAUAGUAUCAAAUAUCAGAGGCCCUGAUUCUUGGUAUGGAUUGGAAGGAAAACCAACCGUUGAGUGCUGUGGGGUCACUUUUACCUUCAGCCGAGCGUGCAGUUUUGUAAGCGAUGUUUCAAGAGGCCAGUUUCCUGCUCUUAUUUUCACUGUUUAUGUAUGA